AUGCAGCUGCGAAUUUUCAUCCUUUUACUUGCACAUAUUUGCGCAGAAACAGGGAAUAAGCCAAAGAAGAAUGUCUGGAAGAAGUCAGUAGGAACAGGUGCCACGAAAAAUGGGGCGAAGCAAGUCGAGAAAAACGAAGAAAGCUUUAUCCAACUUCCCAGUGGAAUACAAAAAGCAGCCGAGCUGUUUGCUGCUUACACAGACAAACCGCGCAAAAUCGCCACCUACUAUUUUAAGAAAGUUGCGAAAGAGAGCAAGAAGCUGUGGAAGAAGUUUGUGAGCUCGGGAUUUUCAGUGGAGAAACUGAUCGCCACGCAAAUCGCGGCACUGCUAGUUUAUACCAUCAUUUCGUCGUUUGUGAAAUUCAUCACAAGAACAAGCAGAAGUCGCCGUGAAAAUAAACUGGUCAAAAAGGUUUAUGUCGCCACACCCAGCCACGCUGUCGAAGAAUCCUCCAGCGAAACAGAGAACGAAGGAAGUAAUGAAGAAAUUGACGAAGAAGAGCAAGUAGAACAAGAAUCAACUGACAAUUCCGAUCACGAAACUGCUAGUCAUCAUUCAGAAUCAGAACACGAAUCAUUGCCAGAGAUUCGCCGUACUCCCAGUACCCAAAUCAAUAGACAAGUUUCAACAUCCAACGAUGAAUGA